CACCGAGCAUCCGUCAAUUGACCAAGCGGGCUGGACGCGGGAUCGCAUCGGGGCGUGGUUGUCGCAAUCUCGUCGAGGCGAUGUUUUGAACUAGCCACAAACGCGGAUCCCCUGCACCCGUCAACCACCAAAACAACACAGUCCGAGUGGUCCAGCCUUACAACGCAUAAGGGGACCAGCCAACCAACUCCAACCACCCGCUUUCUCGCAUGCACCACCAACGCAACUCCGUCAUCCGCAACCGCCAUCGCUACCGCUGAACCCCGCUCGCUCUUCAUGUCAUCAGUCACGAAUUACGACCGCUACGACUGUCCACACGUGUCCUAUCGCGCCGUAAGACCUGCCGCUGGCACCUCGUAAACAAUGUCUCGUCACGGUCGUCACUCGGGUCGCCACUUCCUCGAGGGCCUGGGAGUCGGUGCCAUCUCCAUCGGCGGCGCUGCAGCGGCCAUCGGCGCGACCUACAAGUUUUCCGAGUUCUUGGUCAAGUGCAAGAGGCUGUUCGAAGUGCGCAGCGAGAAUGAAGUCUUUGUGCGUCUCGUCGAGAGCGUCCAGGCCGACCUGGCCGAGCUGGAUCGCCUGCUCGCGCUGAAGGAGGUCAAGGAGGCGCUGCGGCAUAACAAAGGCAAGACGCUGUGGAUCCAGACCAAGGUGCGCGACGUGAACCAGGCCAUCGGCUCCAUGAAGAAGUACACCCGCAAGGUCGCCAACGCGGGCUGGUGGCUCGGCAUCAGGACGAGGAUCUGGUGGGUCUUGCACGAGUACGAGAAGCUCAUGCAUCGCGAGAUGGAGUUGGCCUCGGCGAGGGAGGGCGUCCUCGCCGCAAUCGAGUACCUGAGUCAGUUCGAAAAGAACCCCGAGAAGGCCAAAGCCGAGAGCACGCAGCGGCAGGCCACCACCACUACCAAGAAGAUCGACGUCGACGUGGAUGUUGAGCGUCGCCGCGAGGGCACACGCGUGAUCGAGCUGGACUACGAAGGACGCCCGAAGCGCGAUCAGAGAGAGUACGAGUAUUUCGAGGAGGAAGUCGAGCUCGAGCGUCCGCGCCGCCGAAAUUUCGCCCGCGAGGGCUUUUAUGACGGUAGACUUGACGGUCCGCUGUCUACGCGCCCAAGCUGGUGGACACAGAAGUACGGAGAGCCGCGCGACGAGUAUGUCGAGCGCAGAGUUGUCGAAGAGAAGAUCGAGACGGACAUGCCAUUGCGCGUGCAUUGGCCGUCCUCCAAGCUGUGAACGGCACAUCCUACCUGAAUGAGAAAGAAGGGAAUACAAUCUUGUCAAAGAAGUACAGUGGAUGCAUGUCAAAUUUUACCGUAUACACUCCUUUCGCCCAUUUUGGUCGUCGCUCUGUGUCGAUACCCUCGUCUUUCCUGUUCUGGCCCCCGCUCUCCCCAGUGCCCGCUGCUGCUUGUUUCUUGCUUUGUCGAUUCUUAGCUAGCAAAUCGUCAUGCAGAUAUGUCUCACUUCACUCGGCUUCCCCUUUCCUCUACUGAACGCAGACUCGCUUGAAACAGAGUCUUUGGCAGUCAAGCAACAGUCCAGGGCCGUGGCGCUCAAGUGCGAAAAUGCCACCCAUCGCCCAUUCCGAUCG